GUCGCUUGCCGUUUAAAACUGUACGUGGCAGUCAAAGAGAAGCAGAGAGAGCUGCUGCGGCUAACGCGGCUCCAUUCCUGCUUUCUUUCAUUAUACAUACGGGUGUCCUUACACUUUAUAUACGCAUUUUAGUAGAAUAUAUUGAAGCUAGCUUAGUCUUUAUACCAAGCCUCGCUUGCUGCUCGUCGGAAGAUAUCUGAAUCAUGUUUACCCUGUCGGAGCUGGUUGUCCUGCUAGCCGUCCUGACUGCCACUACGUCCGGCUACUUCGUUAGCAUCGACGCGCAGGCGGAGGAGUGCUUCUACGAGCGGGUCACCUCUGGCACCAAAAUGGGUCUCAUGUUUGAAGUGGCUGAAGGAGGUUUCUUAGACAUCGAUGUAGAGAUAACUGGGCCUGAUGGUAAGCAGAUUUACAAAGGUGACAGAGAAUCCAGUGGAAAGUAUUCGGUGUCAGCUCACAUGGAUGGAACGUACAAGUUCUGCUUCAGCAACAAGAUGUCCACUAUGACACCCAAGAUUGUUAUGUUCACAAUCGACAUCGGAGAGGCACCUAAAGGCCAAGACAUGGAGACGGAAGGUGGUGACAGCUGGGAUGCCCAUCAAAAUAAGCUGGAGGAGAUGAUCAAUGAGCUCGCUGUUGCCAUGACGGCUGUGAAGCAUGAGCAGGAGUACAUGGAGGUUCGUGAGAGGAUACACAGAGCAAUUAAUGACAACACAAACAGCAGAGUGGUUCUCUGGUCGUUCUUUGAAGCCCUUGUGCUGGUGGCAAUGACGCUUGGACAGAUUUACUACUUGAAGAGGUUUUUUGAAGUACGACGAGUGGUGUAGCGCCAUAAAUGGUCCCCGUGUGUCCGCCGCAGUUUGCUCAAACACCAAGACGGUUCUUGACAUCGGAUGUGAUUUUGGAAGUGAAACUUUCAGUUUCAAGUAAAGCCUAAAUAUGAUUGGAUCUUGGAUGUCCUCUUUUUUUAAACUAUUUGGGUCUUCCUUUAUAAAUGUAAUAUUUUGAAGGAAAAGCUGAAUGAUGCCUACAGAGUUGUCAAUUGUCUUUUUGUUUUCUCAGUUAAUAGAAUUUUUUUCUGUUUGACAUUUAUAGUCGAGUACCACUUAAAUACCACAUUUUUUAUGCGUGUGAAUGAAUUUUUUUUUUUUUUUUUUUUUUUUGGAAAUGCACAAAGAUGGCUGCACAUGUUAAAAUUGAACACAGGAGAAUGUAUUCCUCAACAUGUAAAUGGACCCUAUUUGAGUGGUAAACAUUGAAGCAGAACUGUGUUGAUGCCUGCGAUGAAACAAGUGAGGCCAAGUUUAACUUUACACGGGCGGACACAGCCUCUGUGCCUUGUUUUUCCUUUCUCCAAACAAAUGGCACUCCUGAAGAAUAACACAAUCUAAAGGAUUUCUAUUUGAGUUCCUCUUUCAAGGAAAGUGCAGUGCCCUGCUGUGUUACUGCUUCAUGCAGACCCAUGUGACAGGGCUUCAGAAGUUGGCAUUGAUAAAGGGCACUGCAGGAAAAUAGUGUUACACUGUAGUUCAGAUAAUAACAGGUGGUUGAGCUCCCACUCACCACUCCGAUAUUUCACCAAGUUUACAAGCUGAUUUAACUUCACACACACUUAAAUGUUAGAAAUCUCUUUCCUCCCGCAAGACCGAGAGAGCAGCGUUAGUUUUGAAUUUCUAAACUAAACUGACUGUUGCAACUCCAAAGCAACGAGUGACGCUGAGAUGUUAUAUGUUGAUUUGGGAGGUAAUCUACACACUGCUGCAUGGUUUUUGUUGCUUCUGCUGUAGUUAAUUUUGUUUUGGUUGGGGUUUUUUUUAUGCAAUUGUAUACAGUUUUGAACUGCUUGUUUUACCUGGAGUAUAUCCAGUGUCACGCAACUUUGGAUGAGGCUUUUCAACAGAAUAUCUUUACUGUUUGUCCCCCCCACCCCAGAUAAUAUAAGUAGCUUCGUAUCUGGGACACAGCUACCACGUAGGAGUUGCGUUUUUCCAAAUAUGCGCCAGUUUUGUAUUCUAGACUCUGAGCUCUGGCAGGUUAACUGCACACUCUGUCCUUUUUGUGCUCAUAAAAAUGUGAUCCAUGGCUCUGUACAAAUGUAGACUGGUUGUCUGUGG